AUGCUGGUGAAGAAGCAUGCAGGGAAAGGUGGGGGUCGGGAACCAGGCUCUGAGGACCAGAGCCCCGCCGGGCAGCGUUGUGUCUGGACCGUGCCCCCGUGCACCGCCCUGGCGGCCCUUCUGUCAGUGGUGGCUGUGAUGUCUUGUCUGUACCUGGGGGUGAAAACCAACGACCUCCAGGCGAGGAUCGCUGCUCUGGAAUCCGCAAAAGGGGACCCUUUCAUCCAUCUGCUUCCCGAUGGCCUGGAUCAGCUCAAAACAAUGGUGCAAGAGAAAGUGGAGCGACUUCUGGCUCAGAAAUCCUAUGAACAUAUGGCUAAAAUAAGAAUUGCGAGAGAAGCACCUUCAGAGUGCAACUGCCCAGCAGGCCCUCCAGGGAAACGAGGUAAGAGAGGCCGAAGGGGAGAAUCUGGUCCUCCCGGUCAACCUGGUCCUCACGGCCCUCCUGGUCCAAAAGGUGAUAAGGGAGAACAAGGUGAUCAGGGACCUCGGAUGGUGUUUCCUAAAAUCAAUCAUGGGUUUCUCUCUGCUGAUCAGCAGCUCAUUAAACGCCGCCUCAUUAAGGGUGACCAAGGACAGGCUGGGCCUCCAGGACCCCCAGGCCCCCCUGGCCCAAGAGGGCCUCCAGGGGACACAGGGAAAGAUGGCCCCCGUGGAAUGCCAGGAGUGCCCGGUGAACCAGGGAAACCAGGAGAACAAGGCUUGAUGGGUCCUCUGGGGCCUCCAGGACAAAAGGGUUCUGUUGGAGUACCUGGAAUUCCAGGGGUGAAUGGUCAAAAGGGUGAGCCUGGGUUGCCUGGAACAGUAGGACAAAAUGGAAUGCCAGGGCCAAAGGGAGAACCUGGAGAUCAAGGCGAAAAGGGAGAAGCUGGAGAGAGUGGCCCCAAAGGUGACACAGGCGAAAAGGGUGACCCUGGAUCAUCUGCUGCAGGAAUUAAGGGGGAACCUGGAGAAUCUGGUCGUCCAGGGCAAAAGGGUGAACCAGGGCUUCCUGGGCUUCCUGGACUUCCGGGGAUAAAGGGAGAACCAGGUUUCAUUGGUCCUCAAGGAGAACCGGGCUUACCAGGGUUACCAGGAACAAAGGGUGAACGUGGGGAGGCAGGGCCUCCUGGAAGAGGUGAGCGAGGGGAGCCUGGAGCCCCUGGACCAAAGGGGAAACAAGGUGAAUCAGGAACUAGAGGCCCAAAGGGGUCAAAGGGUGAUCGUGGAGAGAAAGGGGACUCUGGAGCCCUGGGACCAAGGGGUCCACCUGGUCAAAAGGGAGAUCAGGGAGCCACCGAGAUCAUAGACUACAAUGGCAACCUCCAUGAAGCCUUGCAGAGGAUUACCACCCUAACUGUCACGGGUCCCCCUGGACCACCUGGACCUCAAGGACUACAAGGGCCAAAGGGAGAACCAGGAUCUCCAGGAAUCCCAGGAGUUGAUGGAGAGCAGGGACUUAAAGGCUCAAAGGGAGACAUGGGGGACCCAGGUAUGCCAGGUGAAAAAGGAGGAAUUGGACUUCCUGGAUUACCGGGUGCCAAUGGAAUGAAAGGAGAAAAAGGAGACUCCGGACUGCCGGGUCCUCAGGGUCCUUCCAUAAUAGGCCCACCAGGCCCACCAGGCCCCCAUGGCCCACCAGGCCCCAUGGGACCCCAUGGACUUCCUGGACCAAAGGGUACAGAUGGCCCUAUGGGACCCCAUGGCCCCGCAGGUCCCAAAGGAGAAAGAGGUGAAAAAGGAGCUAUGGGAGAACCCGGACCCAGAGGACCCUAUGGUCUGCCUGGGAAAGAUGGAGAGCCUGGUCUUGAUGGCUUCCCUGGUCCACGAGGCGAGAAGGGUGAUGUAGGAGAAAAGGGAGAAAAGGGAUUCCGUGGCGUUAAGGGGGAAAAAGGGGAGCCAGGCCAGCCUGGCCUGGAUGGGCUGGAUGCCCCUUGCCAAUUGGGGCCAGAUGGAUUACCCAUGCCUGGCUGUUGGCAAAAGUGAUGAAUCUAACCUUCCGAGCAUGAAGUUGUAUAUAUAAG